CUGUUUUGGUUUGUGUUAUCUUUUGAAGGACGCCGUAUCUCUUCAUCCAGCAUUCUUGGCAGCCUCGACAGCAAGUACCUUGACAAGCUGAAUUCCUAUUUAGACCCAGUCCUUCAGAGUCCAGUUCCCAGCUUGUUUGUUAGGUGUUGGCACGCUAAGACAGAUGGUUGGGCGGCAUCAACAUUCCACAGUUACUGUGAUGGAAGGGGUCCCACUGUAACCAUAGUCCAAGUCGGUAGUUACAUAUUUGGUGGAUACACUGAUAAGUCUUGGGGUGGUAUGUAUCAGUUCAGAACGGCCUUAAUCGCACACAGGACAUGUUUAGCGUUUUCAAGUAGACUGGCAAAAACAAAAGCAAAAAACGUAGACUGGAAAAAACGAUUCAAAUACGCUACGAGUGGACAGAUGGCCCAGUAUCUGUGAUGAAAACCCGGUUCUACUGCAGCUACGUCUCUUAGUUAGUAAUUACCGGUUUCUUCUUUACUUGACACGUGGGCGGGUCUCUUGGGACUUUUAGGUAGUUUCGCGGAUUACUAAAAGACGUGGCAUUACACCUGAUUAAUAACAACUCAUUAGACCCAGGCCCUAAAGUACUUGAGGUGUUUCAGUCCCCUACUGACGAAAGUAUCACGGUUUCCUUUGAUCUAACCUCUUCCCUGCUAGCAAAAUAACCAAAGUCCCCUGAAUUAGAGGCAAAGCUAAAAAAAACAUUAUUUGAAGUCGCACUUUGUUGGGUUUGGUGGUUACCUUUCCAAUUUUGACUGAUAUAAUUGGCUAACUAGCAUUGAAAUAGAUCCUGGAACCCUACUGUCUUUGGUCCUCUUAUGUUUGUUAUACACAAAGCCUGAUUCUAAUAGUAAAAAUUUAUAGCGUUAGUGUAGCUAUGACGUGUAAUCAAGUUUUUAAAACAUUUUUAAUCAAUUCAACUAAUAUCUGAAAAAUGUUUUCCCACAGGUUCUUGUCGUAAUGUCUAUUCAAAUAAAUCGUUCCUGUUCUCGUUAUAUAACAUCAAUGGCUACACUCCUGUUAAGGUGAACAUCAAGUCAAGUCGUUACAGUCGCGCUAUUUACACAUGUUCUAAUAGGGGACCAUCCUUUGGUAACGGACACGACCUAUACAUAUCCAGCAACGCUGCAAGCAACCGCAAUUCCUACACCUACUGUGGCUACACCUACCACCUCCCCCCUGGAUACUAUGCAUAUGGUCGUUCCUGUAGAUUUUAUGCAGGUGGAUCCAGUAUCUACUUCACUCCCACUGAUGUUGAAGUACUUUACGAGACAACGACUUAA